CAUAGCACUGCAUGGGAAGAGUGGAACUAGACUGCCUAAAUUUCUGUUUCGCUCAUUUACAGGAAAUUGUGGUGUAGUUAAUUGUCUCCUAUUACUGUAAAUAAUGUUAGGCAGAACUGCAGCUAUGACAAAACUUGAAAGACCUGUUCAUCUCAGCACUGCCCUAGCUUAAAAAAACAUUUGCAUCAUUUACUUUAUGAGCAAGCAUGUAGUUUAGUUUAUGCAGUUUAGUUUUUGAGCUCUAGAGGUUUUUAGCAGCAUGAUUAAGUCUGUAGGCUUCUGCAUCCAGCAAGUUAUUAACUUAAUGUUGUAGUUUUCCGUGUUUAAAAGAUGGGACUUUAUUUUCUGUACAAACUCACAGUCUCUGCUGUUUUGCUCUGCAAUCCACCAGCAGGUGGCUAUGUAUAUCAGAUGAUAUACGACUGUGAGUAUGGUGACAACAUCACAGAUAUGGUCUUCUUUGUGAAAAACGUAUUUAACCAGCAGCUUUUUACCAUGUAUGACUCUCGGGUGGGGAAGUAUGUUGGCUUUGGAGAAUACGGCAUGAAAAAUGCAGACCAUUAUAAUAGUCAGGUUUGGAAAAUGGCCUUAAGACAAAGUCAAGUGGAGAUUCUUUGCAGAUACAACGCAAGAUUAUACAGAAGGAGCACGCUGGACAGAAAAGUGCCUCCGAUUGUCAAGGUCCAUCAGACUAAGGGAACUGACUACGGGCAGCGGUCCAUGCUGAAGUGCAGCGUUCUGGGUUUUUUUCCUCAAGAAGUGAGGGUAAGCUGGUUGAGAAACGGAGUAGAGGUCACCGCCGAUGUGUCGUCUACAGAUAUUGUGGCCAACGGGGACUGGAGCUUUCAGCUUCACUCUUACCUGGAGUUCAUACCAAGACGAGGGGAGAGGAUCAGCUGCAGGGUGGAGCAUAGCAGCCUCAAAGAAAGCCUGGAGGUGGACUGGGACACCUUUAUACUGGACACUAAAUACCUGAAGUUGACUGUGGGGCUCAUCUUCUUCUUUAUUGGCUUAAUUGCAGCUGCUGGUGGAGCAGUUUACUAUUGGUGGAAACAGAGGUUUGACUUCAGCCAAGUAGACACACAAGGAUCCUGUUAUCCUACAUAAUAGUGCCAUAAAUCGUUCUAACUUUGUGUAGUCACGUAUUUGUACAAGUGUCAGAUCUGUCGCUUACAAUAACAGUUUCAGCUUGGAAUAAGACUCAGUAUCUUUACAUGACAUGUCACAUCUGUGUAUGUUGGAUCAACAAUUUACUGCAUACCACUCUGCUAGCGUCAACCAUCACUAACGCUAGUUAAGACAGAGGACUUAAACAAUAUAAUCAGCAUAUUAUGUAAAUCAUCCCAAUAGCUGGUGCUAAAAUAAAGUGAUCUACAAAAUAAAAAACAUCUUACCACCAGACUUUUUUUUCUGACUAUUUAAUUUUAUUUCUAAUGUAAUUUAUUCAUUUAGAUGUUUAAAUAUAUAUUCUAAAGUUUCUUUCACCACAUGAUAAUCUUAACGCUGUUGCUAAAAUUUUUCUACACUUCCACAAUGCAAAAAAAGCUGAUUUAAAGGUGCCUUAAUCAAUAUUUUUACAUGAACAAUGUAUCAAAUGACAACUUGUAUGUUGUAAAUGUGUAAACACAGAAAAUUAUCACUGGACUCUACAGUUACACUCAGCUCUACAGAAGAUUUUGUCUUUUAGCAUCUUAUUUUGGUUUUCAGUCCUGCAGCUUCACUGUUUUUGUUCAUUUUACUGGUUUCAUAACCUCAUUUUUGGACACAACAGGAAGCGGAUUUCAGAGAAAAAUCCCACUGUACGCUACCAGCUCAGCAACAAACUGUAGACAAACAAUAUUAGUGACUAGCUGGUGAAUAAAAUUAAAAAAAAUAGAGCAUUUCACUGCUAAAGAGCCAGUUAUUUCCCUUACAAUUUAGCUGAGACCAAAAACAGAGCUAAAAGGAUGGUGAACAUUGGACCAGCAUUCAUGAGGUUGCCUGAAACAUGACUCCAAAUGUUGUUAUUUAAGGUUUAAAGAGAUUUACUAUCUGGUAACAUCAUAAUCAACUUUAAAAACUGUUUUAGUUAAACUUACUAUUUAUAUGUAACUGCCGAAUGAAAACUCCGGUUGUGUCAGAUGCCACAUUCUCAAGGCACUAUACUGAUUACAUGACAUCAUAGCUGUGUGUGGAUGUACUGACAAUAUAUACAAUUAAUCUAUACACAUGCAUGCACAGAUAUGUAUUAUACUAGAGGAUGCUAAAACUUUGUCAAAAUAAAGAUAAAACCAUAUCUGACUGUAA